AUGCAAUUCUUCAAAACACUUGUGAUUUUGGUGUCGUGCAUAUCGGUUGCCCUCGCUUACGUGGCACAAGAUGUUCAUGUAUCAUUCCCCUCUACCAAGGGAAAAACCAGCGUAAUGAUCGGUAAGGUCCAACCCAAACAAGGAACCGAUGGAACUGCUCCAACAACAAUCGCAGUUGAUAACCCUAACGAGGUUAUUCAAGUAAAUUUCGCCAUUGACUCCGCCAACAAACCUUUCCAGAACACCUUAUUGGUAGGUCUACCUAAUAAGAACCUAGAAAUGACUUUUGAACCCGAAAUCAAGGACAAUGGUAAGUUAUCCAUGUAUAACUACAAGAUAGAUUUAGCCAAGCUGGAUGCUGCUUUGUUACAGGAGGCCUCUAGAUCAGUGGAACCAAUAAAGGCAACUUUGAUCCUAGCGUCCUCUACCGCCAAACCAAAGGAAAACUUGUUUAGGGAAAUCCUGCAACUGGACUUGAACUUCAAUGUAGAUCACUCCGAUUCAUCUUUAGUUGACAAAUUCAGCAUUAAGCCAGAAAUCCAUCAUAUAUUCCAUACUGAACCAAAGAGAGUUGCCAAGCCAAUAGCUGUGAUUUUUGUUGCAAUUAUCGUCAUUACUAUUUUAUCGUUAAUCGUCACUUGGUUGAAUUCCUGUGCUGCCGCAUUCAAUAACAUCCCAACCGGUAUCAAUGCUGUAUACUUUCUAGGUUUCAUCGCAACCAUUGUUGGGUUUGAAGUUAUCUUCGCCAGGUAUUAUUUGGGUACAAGCAUUUUUGAAACUUUAUUUUCCUCUUUGUACUUGGGCGCUCCAGGCUUAUUGACCUCUACCAAGUUCCUGAGAUCUUUUGGCCAAACAAUCUAG